AUGCGCCGACGACUGGAGCGUGUCCAAGGGGGUCCCGGCUUGAGCAGCCCCUACAAGAUCCCCCACGUGGCGGGGGAAACUGCAAGUUCGCCACCACCUCGCACGCCUCCGCCAGAUUCAGAACCCGGCACAUGGUCAGCAUGGGGUCUCUCCCCGCGCGAGUGGGGAGAGGUGCAGUCUGCGCUUCGCGCGGAAACGCCGCCGGCCAGCCAGGAGUCCGGCCAACAGCCAAGCGCGGCACAGAGAAGCCGGGAACCUGACGGGGGGUGCGGAACUGACCCCCGCGCGCGGGCUGAUACUCACGCAGCAUCGGCGCACGCAGAGGAGCGACCUGGCUGGCCUGGGUCCGCGGCGAAGGGGGACCGUUGGUCACCUCAAUAUGGACGUGAGUCGGCGCCCCACUCGCCCGGGCCUGCCUCACCACCUCCACGAACGUGUCCGCAGCAUGAUCGAGGGCUGGAUCAGGCUGGUUGCCAUUCCCGCCUCGCCCUCCGCCCUUCCGCCAGCCCCGCCGUCCCCCGGAACCAGCCGAAUGUGGACGCGGGGGGGACUGCUCGCGGCGACCCGAAUCCCAGCGACGACCAGGCGACCCCCUCCCCCGCGUCGCCGGAGAUCGCGGAGGAGAACGUUGCGCGGGGGAUCGCGCUCGCGGUGAGCGCUGGCCUGCCUGACCACGAGGGGAUGGGCGGCGAGAAGAGCGAGGACGUGCAGGAGAACGCUUACCCCCCUCCCCGCGCUGAUAGUGCUCGCGACGCUCAGGAGAAGGGCGGCGAGGAGAGGGCGGCUGUUGAGUGA